CUUGACUUCGGCAUCACCCGAUGAGCACGUAUCUCAGAAUCAUGGAAGAAAGUCUCUGGAUGCGGCAUAUUCCACUGUGUAUAUUUUUUAAAAAAUUUCAAAGAAUUAUUUGAUAAACAAUUUUUCCAAAUACCCGUUUGCGUUUUCAUGAUGGCUGAAGAGAUAGACAAAAGGCUGCGUAAAUGGAGGAGAGGGACAGCUCGACAAAUCAGAUGGCGGCUGGUGGGGGAAGCGCAGAGCCGUGAUUGGUCCGUUGGGGCCACGCCCACCGCGACCGCACCCCCCGCCCACCGGAGGCCGCCCGGCCCAAUACCUCUUCACUGUUUUGUGUCUUACCGCACACUGGCAGGGUCCAGGCCUUCCCAAACCCUCCACAAUUGUAACAAAUAAGCUCGAUUGGGUCUAGUUGGCUGAAUUGGUCUUAACUCGCCCCUGCUUAGCGCCUCUUAUCAAUUUGAUUAGGCCAAUUUAGAAAUUAAUAGCGAUCAAUGAGCUUUCUCUACGCUAUCUCUCUCGCCCGUUUGUAAUUAGUAUCUUUAUCUCGCUUCCGACUUGGCCGCGAAUCCGAGCCCCGUCUUCUUCUUCGGCGACGAACCAUCUGGCACCGUGGAAGACCUAAUGUUCAAGCUCGAGCCUGCCGAAAUGGAUGGCACUCCAUUCGACGACGCUAUAUUUUCGGAUUUUUCUGGAAAUGGCAGCAUGAGUAAACUUCAAUCCAGUGGUGUCCAUUCCAUACAGGUGAUGUUGGGGCUACAACAGCAGCAAGGACAAAGCGGACAGCAGUGCCCGGAUAUGGAGCAGUUGCAAGGAAUGUUUCAUACCCAGGAACUAGCGCCUCUACCGGACCCUCCAAAAAGGAAGGAACAACCAGUUGCCGUGGAUUCUGUCACUACGAGCACGACGAGCAAGAAAUCCGAAUCCAAAAGCAAGAAGACGGACAACAACGGAGUGAAGAAGAAAAAAACCAGGACAACAUUCACAUCUUACCAACUAGAAGAACUUGAAGGAGCCUUCGAAAGAGCACCGUACCCUGACGUAUUCGCGAGAGAGGAACUAGCACUUAAGCUAAACCUUUCGGAAUCCAGGGUGCAGGUUUGGUUCCAGAACAGGAGAGCCAAGUGGAGGAAAAGGGAACCUCCAAGGAAAACCGGAUAUUUACCUUCUGCAGGAGGUACAAGCAGUUCAUUGGGAAGCGGUGGCUUCAGCGGACUGACGGCCUUCGGCGGAGCUGGUCCAGGAAUGCAAGGAACGAACCCAGGUCCCGCGGAACCCUGGCCGCCGUACCCGCAGUACCACGACCCCUAUUCGGUACCUACCACGUAUCCUCCGCCGUCGUCACCGGUCUACUCCUCCGUUUAUUCGCAAACCGACUUCAUGUACGGCUGCCUGAGAAACCAGGAGUUCCCGCACAUAGAAGAGGAGCAGAGGAACGACUACUCGACCAUACCCGACCUCACCGACCCCAGCAAAGGUCACAUAAUGGAGUACGUCCCGGAACUCCAGCAGGAAGACGACAAAACCAACAGCUACUACUACGUCUCCGUCAAAGAGGAGUCGAGGGAUGAGAGCAGGGACUACGCGCCCCUUCCGCCAAUAAACUUCAACAAUUAAUUUAUAACACAAUGCUAUGUUCAUUUCAUGUUAAUUUUUAACUGCAAGUUUAUUUCUGUCGUAGCUUAUUAUUCCAGGAGACUUCUUGGAAUUAAUGUAAAGUGAAAAAUAACUUAAUUCUAUAUUUUAAAUAAGUUAAUAACGGCUUUACAGGCAGGACGGGAGCUAGAGAGAUUCUCCCCUUUCCACGAAACAUAUAAUUUUUUUUAAAGUAUUUUAUUAGUCAAUAUUUCUGCACUAAAAGUUAUCAAAGUCAAAGUCAUCGAAACUUAUGAGGUAGCACGCUAGAUCGGAUUGAUGAAUUUUCGGAGGAAACCAUAUUUUUGUGUGAAUAUGGUGAAACAUGAAAUAGAUAACAGCAGAUGUAAUAAUAUAUCAUCUUCAAUUUUUCUAAUUCUAUUUUUGCUUGCACUAUUUUAAGAAGAGAUGAGCAAUAAAAUUUCUUGAGGGGAUAAAAACAACCGAUGAGCCGAUUAGGGAUAAAACAAUUUUUUAAUGACUUAUAUUCAUUAGAAAAGGAACCUUUAAAAAGUUAUGAAUUAUUAAACAUACCGAAUUGUCUAUUAGUAAUAAGUGUGUUUAUUUUUAGUAUAUUAGUAAAUAUGAAUUCGAUAGCCAAUCAUAAACAUUGUAUCGAUUUUAAAAAAGUAAUUUUUUAAUGCUAUAUUUAUUAAUAAGUGUAGAAGAGCUUUAACUGAACAGAGUUCUGUAUCUCUGGUUCGAUUGGUGCAUGAUAUAUCGAUUAUAACAAAUAUAUAUGUGCUUAUUGGUUACCCAUCGAAAUGAAAAUGUUCGAUAAAUGUAACGAUAAACCUGUCGAAAUGUAUUAGUUAUUUCUUAAUUAUAGUUGUUAUGUCUAGAGUGAAUUUAUGUAAAUAUGUAUUAUAUAAUAUAUCCAUUAUGCUUUUGUAUUUUCGUAUGUAUAUUGUAGGAAUAUUGAUUCUUUAAUUAGAUAAAUUUAAAUUUGUAAACUUUGAAAACAGAUAUUGUGCAUUCAUUUAACAAAAAAAUGUUUAUUGUACUAAACUUGACAGUUCCAUAAAAUUAUAUUGGUAUUACAGCAGUUUAUUAAUUAUAAAUUUGGUUAGCAAUACAAUAUUGUAUUCCUCCGCAAAAAUCGAUAGAGUCCAUAAUUUAUACUAGAAACAGUAUAUUUUACUAUAUUUAAAUUAAUAUGAUUGAACGCCCCAGACACGAUAUUAAAUAAUGCAAAUACUUAUAAUUAUUUUUAAUGUUUGUCUGCCACUAUCUUGUAUCUAAGCUAUUUGAUAAUUAUGAUUUGUAUAUAUUAUAAAUAGAAAAUGUGUGCAUUCCAAGUGCCUUAAUAAUGCCUAAUUAUGCUUUUGUGAAUUUUUUUAUAGAUAAUAAAUUUUGUUUUAGUUAAUGUUUGCCUCAUUUUUUUUCAGUCAUAAUUAAUAGAUAAACGCCUUACUACAAAUUCUUAUUAGGAGCAUUCAAUUCCAUAU